GCAGCGCCAGCGGCCAGCACGGCGGUCGGCGUUGGCCACGCUAUGGCCGCAUCCUUGCACUCGUCCUCGCCGUCGUCUCUGCCACCAGCAGACUCGUUGCAAGCUUCUCGUCCGACGACCUCUCACCCCUCGCAGCCGCAACCGCCAACGCGACGAGAAGUGGCUGCCGACGGCUCGGCCAGUGUGACUUCUGCCGCUGCAUACACCUCAGCACAACCACCACCACCACGCACUCCACGUGCCCCCGACCCAGCCAAAAAGGUGCGUAGGGGAAACGAUGCCCUGCACGAGGCCAUCACUCGCGAGGCUGUAACCGAAGAGCAACGCGCUGCCGGCCAAUUGCACCAGCGCCAGCAGAAUCAGCAGCAGCUCCCACGAGAGCGAGGCCAGCGUCAGCAGCACGCGCAUGCUCAGCCUUCCUCGCCGACUCUGCCCGCUGCACCUCAUUCGUCUCCUCCCAGCUCGCCUACCACCAUGGCUACAACCACGCCCGCCGCGCGCAUUCUUCCAAACGAUCGCAUGCCCAUCAUGGCCCACCGCACGGCCUCAAUCGACUCGACAGUGUCGUCCGUGUCUUCCGCUUCGAACAACAGACCUGCCAAUGCCGGAGGCACCAAUGUCUACAGGGUCUCGCAGGAAACACAAGGGCCACAGGACGCAGCUGCUUUGAUUGCCGCCGCGGGAUCAACAGAGGCAGCGUUGCAAAAGGUGCUGCAGGAAAAGCAGCAGGCGGCUUCACACAAUGCUCAGCUAUGGCGGCUAGUGGAGAAGCAACGGGCGAUGAUUCUGGGGCUGAAUAAAGAUCUGGAAAAGUCGCUGAAAGAAAAGGAGCGGUACAGGCGCAAACUCAAAGAACAUCUCUCGCAGUCCAGCUCGGCACCAGUCUUGAUGAAUGGCGCGGGGGCUGUACAGUCGUCCUCGAGGGAGGAGAGCGAGUCACCCUCACAUAUUGCGCCUGUCCAUGCCAUGGGCCGGGACAUCAGCGUAGACACCCUCAAGAGAAGUGACACCUCUACAAGUGUUGGAAGAUCUGACACUCCACAGGAUGCGAUACAUCCGCAGCAGGUAGCACAGGCAGCGAUUAUUGACCAGCGAACAGCUCAGCAUGAGGUGAAGCCGAUCACGAUUGACACGCGAGGGGCUGCACUGGCCAACGUACAGCGAGCAGCUGCAGGAUCCCCGCAAAUGUCAUCGCCUGGACUCGUGGAUUCGGCUCGGAGCCCCAGAGACGGCGUCGGUCAUACCAAAAGUCCUUCUACCUCCUCGUACCACACCAGUCCUCCGCCUUCGGUAACGGGGAACCUCAGUCCAAAGACCCGAAAGGCACCCCCUGCGCCACUCCAGCUCAACCAGCCCGUGCACCGACGGGAACCCAGCAUUGUCGGUGAUGUGGUAGACGCUUCCGACUCCGAGUAUGAAGAUGACCCUGAAAGUGCAAGGUCAGAGUUCGCAGACCGCGGUCGUAGGAAGACGCGUGAAGACGACGACCGCGAGCGGGAGAUGCUUGCGCAGAAGGAGGCUGAACAGCGAAGCAGAUCGAAGAAGGAGAAGAAGAGCAAGAGCCGGCCAGCAGAGGAACCUAGCGUGACAGUGUCUGCUGCCGCAGAGCCCAUUGUGAGCGAGGCUGCCAGACUGAAUGGACCGUGGUCAGAUCCGAAUCCUUAUGAGGUUGCCGGAGAACGCGUUGAAAUUGGGACAGCGAGCGCUAUACCAGCACGCACAUUGACAGCACCCAAUGCUAUGCUCAGUCCAGGCCUCCCCAUGAGCCCCCGACCAGGUGACCGACCGCCCAAUUCGCCUAUGCCACGUGCACCUCUGGGUCAGAUUGCCAACUCAAUGCCCAUGUCGCCACGGGCAGGUGUAGCAGGACUGCCAUUGUCACCUCGCGCACCACGUUCCGCGAUUCCACUUCCACCUCAAACGCCCAUGGCAUUGAUGUCUCCACACUUGGACCGCGCCAAGGCAUACGCUGCUCAGGCACCACAGCCGAUGGGCAGCCUCGCAGAUCGUCUGAAGUCUUCUAAUGACCCCAAUGAGGGGCGACCCUCGAUGUCAAGUGACCAGUCUUCCUUGCACACUCCGGGCGAGGUGUACAGAGGUCUUCAGACGGAGCAGUAUCCUGAUCUACUUCUCCCACCGAAUGCGCUACCCUCAAUCUUCGUCAAGAUUGCUUCAUCACGCAUGGUUCGCUCCCGAGCGAGCAUGAUGAUGCCGAGAAAUGCGGAUGAGAACCCAGUCUUCACGUUGGCCGUGCACGAGCGGUCUCAGCAAGCGGAGCUCUGGCGCGUGGAGAAGACGUACCAAGCACUCGUCAAUCUGGACAACGAGAUCAGAAGCCUGUGCCGUGUGAACGAUCGCAUACCAGAGAAGGCUUUGUUCACUGGACACGCACCUGCACGUAUUGAUGCUCGACGCAUGGCGCUAAACGCAUACUUUGAGCGCAUGCUAGACUCUAUCGUGGAGGAAAAGGCCGCGCGCAUUGUGUGCAAAUUUCUGUCAACCGAUGCAUAUGGUGGCGAUGGCAAUGAGCCAUUGGCAGUCGAGCCGAGUCGAGCUGAUUCUCCAGCAACCGCGCAGCAUAGGCUCCGGCCCAAUAUGGCAGGCUACUUGACGAAGCGUGGCAAGAACUUCGGAGGCUGGAAGGCACGCUAUUUCGUGCUGGAUGGUCCCCUGUUCAAGUACUACGAAGGUCCUGGCGGCGCUCAUCUUGGCUCAAUCAAAUUGCAAAAUGCACAGAUUGGCAAGCAGUCGGUGAAUCACAACCACAACAACGAGGACGAGGACAACCAGUUCCGACACGCAUUCCUUAUCCUGGAACCCAAAAAGAAGGACUCGUCAGCACUUGUUCGCCAUGUACUGUGCGCCGAAAGCGAUGCCGAGCGCGAUCAAUGGGUCGAUGCGCUUCUCCAUUAUGUCGACUGGAAGGAAGAGGACGAGCGCCUGCCGCUGGGAAGGCAAGCGCAAGUUGCCAAGACUGAUGCCCAUGCACCUCGCAGUCCACGCGCGCAAAAGUCUUCCACCGAUCUGCGCAGUGGCAGCGGCGGCAGUCAUGACUCUGCAACACAAGCCAGGCGGGAUUUGCAAGCCGUGGGCUACAAUGACACCAUUGCCGGGAGUGCGCCUGUCAUGGGUCCAGAUGGCAGCGAAAGCCCAUCACCAACCCACGACAAGCUCCCCGGCGGUGGUGAGCAGCAGGCAUCCUCGCAUCCCACCAUUUCUGGUCCGACGAACUUGCACGUCAUCCAGGACGCAGGUAAUUGGGGAAUGAAGGUGCCGCCCACGCCUGGCCGGGACAAGAAGCGCAGCGUUUUCCAACUUCCCUUCACACGUGGCCGCGCCUCGUCUGAUCAGGACUCGAAGGACGCCGGACAUGGCGGCAAUGAUCACCCGGCGCCCACGCCACGCGCUGUCUUCGGAGUACCAUUGGCGGAAGCUGUCGAGUUUUCCCAGCCCGCCGGCGUUGACACUGAGCUACCGUCGGUGGUCUAUCGUUGCAUCGAGUAUUUGACAGCCAAGCAAGCCAUUGCUGAGGAGGGCAUAUUUCGACUUUCGGGAUCGAAUACACUAAUCAAGGCGCUGAGGGAACGCUUCAAUACUGAGGGAGACGUGAAUUUGCUGGAAGAAGAGCAGUACUACGAUGUGCAUGCUGUUGCGAGUUUGCUGAAGCUCUACUUGCGAGAACUGCCGGCCAGUAUUCUCACUCGAGACUUGCAUCUCGACUUCCUGCACUGCUUGGAGAUUGUCGGCGAGGAGAAGAUUGUCGCUCUGAAUGCGCUCGUCAACAAGCUGCCACGACAGAACCGCGCGCUUCUCGAGGCCCUCUCCGCGUUUAUGCUGCUAAUUGUGAAUAAUGUGCUCGUCAACAAGAUGAACGUCAGAAAUCUUGGCGUCGUCUUCUCCCCUACGCUGAACCUUCCUGGCCCUCUCAUCUCGCUGUUCGUGGAAGAGCAACACCGAAUCUUCGGCGCACCGGCUGAGCUCGAGGCGUCUAAUGUUCCCGCCACUGCACAGGCUGUCCAGGCUCCUUCGUCUGACGAUUUGCGCUCGCCUCGUCGACAGAUGUUCCAGGAUCUCCCCACACCUGCUUACAACCAGAUGCAAUUCCAGACCACGGGUAACAGCACACACGAUGACACCGGCAUGAUCCCUAUGCAACCGAGCUACGCCACAUACCAGUACCAAAUGGCGCCACAAGGUGACGGUGACUACGGAAGCCUCAACGACGCGCUUCGCUCUCCUACGGUGUACAGCACUACUGCUACCGGAGCUCCGACACCACGCGAUUUGAAGCAAAAACGACGUGAAAGCACCAUGCUCGGCGUGAGCAGCAGCAAUCGUGAAGGCGGAAAUUGGCCGACCAAGAAGCCGAGCCAGUCACGCUUACGAGAGGAGCAUGGCACGAGUUUCUAGCAGACGGACAUGUUGACGCUCCGACAGAUGGCCAGGCGAGCGCCUGGGAGAUACAGCUACGAAGGCGUGUUACGUUCGAUGAACUGCACUUACGACGACGAUUAUUACAAGUCCUAUAACCCGACGAGGCUUAAUCAUCACCACAGCACUGCUGCUUCAGACCAUAGCGAGGCCGAGAGACCCUUCGCACGGCACGCCCAUCAAUGGCAGAGACAGGCAUCAUGAUGACGGACGAAUAUUAUACAUAUUACCCCCACCCACCUCAUUCGGAGACGAGGAAGACUGGACGGAGGAACCUAGUGCUUAUUGUUUGGUGUUUAUUGUUUAUGGCUUUUUGCUAUGCUUUCUGGCGGACUUGCUUUCUUGAAGCAUCAUACCCCCUCUCGUUUGAAAUUUAUGGUCGGCAUUUUUAUUCAUCAGAGUGCUGCGUUUGAGAUUACAAGCGUUCGAGCGAGGAAUGAACGAGAUUGUGGCUGGCAUUUUGAGUUGUGGAAAGAAGGAAGACUCUUCUAGCGAAGGGCUGGCGACACAGAAAACCAGACUUAUAGGUAUAUUGGUGGUUAGAUAGUUUACAUUUGCCUCUGAGGAGGCGAGGCACUCGAGGCAGUGCGAACAAAUGAGAAAGUAAUUUGUACAGCGGA